AUGAAGCUCUUUCACUCUCUUUCCGCAUGCUUGCUUGCCUCAGUAGCGCUGGCCGCUCCUGUGGUGGACCUAGCUUCUCGAGACCAGCAGAUCAUCAACACCUUCCAGGUCACUGGUCCUAACAUCCAACUAGAGUCGGUUGACAAAAUCCACCUGUGGCAGCACACCUUUGCUAACAGUUAUGGAGCCCCCAAGGUUGCCCAGUACACUCCCCCCAACCAGGACUUUGACCGUGUCCGACUGUCCUACAACUCCUCCGUCACCACCACCCAGUACGACAGACUCAUCCAGGUGUUUGUUGGAGAUACCGAGGUGUGGCGUUCUUCCACUGCCGAGCCCGUCGGUUCCCCCCUGGUCCAGUUUGGUUUUGAGAAGGACGUUUCCGAGUACCUGGCUCUGUUCAAGGAGCCUCAGACCAUCACUUUUGUGCUUGGCAACGUGGUUCAAGACGGUCUGCAGGGCCAGUUUGACACCAACUUCUUCAUUGAGUUCCUCAAGAGCGGAGACGGACCCCACCCUGGUACCCAGAUCGGAGGAGCUCUUACUUGGAAUUACGGAACCGGAGGCGACUACUUCCGACCUGCCGACGUGGUCCAUGGCCUGUCCAAGGGCAACGGAGACUCGUACUCUUUCCCCGACGAUACUGCCAAGACUUCCAUCCAGCUGCCUCGAAACACCACUCGAGCAGUUGUGGAGAUCCAUGCGUCCGGAAACUCCAACGAAGAGUUCUGGUACACCAACAUGUUCAACGAGCUGUCUGGCCAGGAUGGAGACGGAAACGGAGGUCCCAGUCGAAUUGUGGAGGUCUGGAUCGGAGGGAGACUCGCUGGCGUGGCCUUCCCUUACCCCGUUGUAUACACUGGAGGCAUCUCGCCUUACUUCUGGACCCCCAUUGUGUCUCCCCAAGCGUUCGACGGCCCCUCCUACCGAGUGGACGUGACGCCCUUCCUGCCCUGGUUGUGGCAGGGAAUUGAGAUUGAGCUCAAGCUCACCGCUCAGUACACCGACAAGCCCCAGAACGCGCAACAGAACUGGUUUGUGACCGGCGCUCUGCUGGCCUGGACCGAGUUGGGUCUGCAGGGCUCCGGCAAUGUGUAUGUGGCAGAUAACACCCCCACCUACACUCCGGCCUGGAACAAGCUGUCCAACUCGGACAUGGUGCAGGUGUCGCACGUGAACCGGGUCGUCAAGGUCAUGUCUCAGCUGCAGUUUUCUUCUCCCCGUGGCAACCUCAACGCCCAGGUCACCUGGAACCAGAACGGAAUCUCCAGCAACAUCCAGUACUACACUUCGUCUUCUCAGGCUGUUCUGCAGAGCACCAAGGGUUCGGAUUCGCUGGAGGUUGUGCUCAAUGGCAACACCCAGACUGUGUGGAACGCCUCGUACUUUUACCCCGUUGUCCUCAACACCAUUCAGCAGGGUAAGGUGGCCAACUCCGACAUUGUCACCGGUUACGACCGAGUCAAGACUGGAGUUGCCUACGAGCGAACCGUACUCAACGCUACCUCGCAGAUGGGUGGCGACUCGUCUUGGGGCACAACCUACCAGUCGUACUGGCGAUCUCUAGCUGGAGCCUACGACGUGCCUUCCAACUACGAUGCCACCUACUACUCCGAGGAGGCCCAGGCCGACCACGGCAACCUGCAGUACCGAAACCCCAGUUCGUCGGGAUCUGCAACCUCCUUUAAGGAUGGCAGCGUGCUGGACACCAUCAAUCACUACACGGAUCUCGUGUUCGCCAGUGGCAACAACCAGGACCCCUGGGCGUUUGCUACAGCACUGUCCAACGUGAUCAAGGCUCUGGGAUACUCUCCCGCCGAGAUCCCGUCCUCCUCCAACGACAAGUCGUUUGCCAUCCAGUCGGGUGGAGAUUCGGACUCCAACGCCGGCCCUUACCGAAUCGUCUUCUCCGGCGGCAACGGCCUUCAUCAGCACUAG